AUGGCACCAUAUUAUAAAGAAGUGUGUGGAGAUUUAGGUUGGCCAUUGGAUCAAAAUUUGUAUGAUGAGAUGGCAAAAGAGAAUGAAAGUAGGCUCGCUAAAUUUCAAGAGGAUGAUUCCGAAACUCCAGUAUGGCAAGAUAGAUUGGAUUACCUGUGCUCAAUAGGAGACAAAGAAGCUGCUACAUCAUUAGCUACAACGAAAUAUGAAGAUGCAACUUUAACUACUAAUAGAAGAUUAGAUGCCAUUUUUGCUAUGUUUAGAAUUGCUUACUUUCAUGGUUGUAAUGUAAAAGAUAUGGGAAAAGCAAUCAAUAAGGCUCAUGAACUGGUAGACAAAGGUGGUGAUUGGCGCUCUAGGAACAAACUUAAGGCCUAUGAGGCUAUUUAUUGCUUAGCAGUGCGAGAUUAUAGUCAUGCAGCUGAACUAUUCAUUGAUUGUGUAUCUACAUUCGAGUCUUAUGAGUUGGUUGAUUUUGGUACAAUUAUUCAGUAUUGUGUUCUAGCAUGUGCUUUGGCACUUGAAAGACAUGCUCUUCAGGCAGCUUUGAGGAGACAAGGUGCAGCAGUGCAAGCGCUGCGAUCUAGGUUCCCUGAGCUGAGGGAGCUUGUAGAAUCUCUCCAUGAAUGUCGAUAUGCAGACUUUUUAAAGAGCCUUGCCUGGGUGGAGACUCAAAUCUGCGUGGAUCCUGUGUUUCGCCCUCACUACCAGCAUUAUGUACGCGAAGCGCGUAUAAAGGCCUACGUGCAGUUGUUACGCGCUUACCGAUCCCUCAGUCUCGAUAAUAUCGCUGACACGUUUGGUGUCACCCGCGAGUUUGUCGAAGAGGAGAUUUCUACCUUCACGGCAGCGGGCAGAUUGCAGUGUCGCAUAGACGCGGUGGCGGGUUGCGUGGUGACCGGAGCGGGACGGGGGGCGGACGCGGACCGCUCGCACUUGUACCAAGCGACAAUUCGCGAGGGCGACCUCCUCCUGAACAGGGUGAAGAAGCUCGCCAGCGUCAUCAACUUC